ACAUCGUGUUCAUUAUCUCACGCGUUGUCAGAGAAAGCACGUACUGUUCCUUCGCGCUUGUUCAAACUCCAUAUACCAUACUCUAGUCAAUGUCACACGCUACACGCGAAAAUUUCAAACAAUUUAUUCAAUACCGCAACUUAUUUUUAUUCAAACACGUGUAGAAAAAUUACAAGAUAGAAAAUGUGCUAGUCUUAUUUGUAAUUAUAAUUAAUUUUGUUAUGUCUGGAUCUGGUAAGAGUGUCGUCAAGUUCGAGAUGUCUUCUUCAAGUGCCAUAAUGCCUAGGCUUUUGAUAGUCUUAGGGAUGGUUGCAGCUGUAGUGACCAUUCUGUAUUUCACUCCAAUGCCAGAUCAUACAUUCAAGAGCUGUGAUCGACCUUGUCAUGCACUGGACUGGCCAAUGAUUUGCCGAAUACAAUUGACAAUCGAAAUGUAUCAAACAAUGAGUGGCGUUUGCAAGGACUGUCCAAAGAACACCACCGAUUGCAACAACCAAUUCUGCGCCACCGCAGACGGCCAAGCUAGAGGCAUAAUAACAGCAAACCGUCAAAUACCAGGUCCUCCAAUACACGUCUGUCACAAUGACAUAAUGGUUAUCGACGUCAUCAACAAGAUACCCGGACACAGCUUGGAGAUGCACUGGAGGGGACAACCCCAAAACGAAGCCCCGUUCAUGGACGGAGUCCCAAUGAUCACCCAAUGCCCAAUCAACAGUUACACCAACUUUCAGUACAGAUUCAGGGCUUCAUCUCCUGGUACUCAUUUGUACCACGCUUUCGCAGAUUCAGAUAGAGCUGAUGGACUUGCUGGUGCUCUGAUCGUUAGACAAUCGGACAAGCUAGAGCCUCAUAGAAAACUGUAUGACGAAGAUUUGAAAGAGCAUGUAGUGAUGUUGUCUGAAUGGAGUGGUGAUCUGGUUUCUGAGUUUUCUGCGAACAACGAUGUUCCUAAAUCGAUAUUGAUCAAUGGAAAAACAGUGUCGGAGGCUGGAACAGGAAUGUCCAUCUUCAACGUGAAGAUGGGAAGGAGGUACAGGUUUAGGCUGGCAUACGCCAGCGGUAACUUCGGGUGCCCCAUGGUGUUAUCCAUACAAGACCAUCUGUUGAAAGUGAUAGCUCUGGAUGGCAAGUCCAUAAAGCCCCACGAAGCCAGUUCUAUAAAGUUAAACAAAGGAGAAAGAUUGGAUUUCGUCCUGAAGACCGAUCAAAACGUAGGCAAAUACCUAGUAAAGGUUGUGUCACACUGUCGGGGCCACAAGAUCGAAGGAUCCGCCGUUCUGAAUUAUGAAGUGUCCCCCGAAGCAACCAGGCUAAAGGAGAGGACAAGAAGUUCCAGACCGAGUCCGAGAAAUUUCGACACAGCUUAUUGUUCGAGGGAGAUUGGCAAAGUUUGCACGACCGAUGUUGCAGCUUUAGAUAAGAUGCCGGAGGCGUUACGAGAGGUUAAUAGAAGGAUAUAUUUGAACUUUGAUUACGUCAGGGCGGACGAGAGAGACGAUACUUUUGUCGAGUGGAAAAAUAGGAAAUACAGGGUCAACAACAUUUCGUUCACAUUUCCACCGUCUCCAAUCUUCACACAACCCGAAGAUGUUCCUUUUUCAUCUAUUUGCAACGAACUCAAGACUCCCAGGAACUGCGAGAGAAUGGAAACUUGUGAAUGCGUUCAUGUUGAACACAUCCCACUGGGAGCAAAAGUGGAGAUCAUUUUGUUGAAUUCAGGCGAAGAUGACCAAGAAUUCAUUUUUCAUCUUCAUGGAUAUCAUUUCUAUAUAGUAGGAUACAGAAAUUUCGACUUUCCGAUAAACAUAGAGGAAAUGAAGGCUUUGGAAGCUAGAGAUGAAUUAUUCAAGAGGAACUUAUUGUCUCCAGUUUUGAAGGAUACUGUUAGACUUCCAAGAAACAGCUCUGUAGCACUCAGAUUCCUAGCAGACAAUCCAGGUUUUUGGAUGCUGCGAGAUGAACAAUCUAAAGGCUACACAAGAGGAAUGGACAUAGUAUUCCAAGUUGGUUCUUAUAGGGACAUGGUGCCUCCUCCAUCUGGUUUUCCAUCUUGUGGGAGUUUUGUUGGACCAGACUUUUUCCUAAUUUGAUGUGAACGUGGACCAAUACCUGAAAGACUUCGGAAUGAGCUUAAGACUGAAUAUUUUAAUAAUUUUGUGUACCUUGUGUUGGUGUGCCCAAUAUUCCUUGUUGUUAUUUAUGUGGUGAUUAUAUUUUUGACUUCUUGGUUUUUA